UUCUCUCCCAGCCGACCUCAGAAUUCCAGAUCAACAUCUUCUCUUGCACAAGCACGCCAAUCACUGCAUUUGAGAAACUCGGCACUGCGUUGGGAAGAUUCUUCCUUUUCAGCUCGAUUGCCCAAAGCCUCGGGCCCUCAGUUUACGCUCUUGACUGAUUCACCAAUCCGCUCUCACUUCCUAAAACCUCUCUAGAUGCCCCUCAGCACAAGCCUCGACAUACCGCUUCUUUUCUGCACCAACAGAACGCAGAAAACAACAGAAACACGUUUUGUGCCGCGGUAAAGAUGUCGACGCCACGACAGUACGGAAAGGCUCUUCACGGGGAGGGCAAGCUGCCAGAAGAGAUUGCCGACAGCGCAAAUUUCGUGAUCGAGCUCGUCCACGGAGAGAUGGCAUCGGUGAUGGAGAAGUUGCAGUUUCGCUGCUUCGAGUCUCGCCCGCCGCAGUUACCGCACGACUAUGACCGCAUAGACUUGAGCAGCAUCCCGGGCGUUACCGGCGGUCUUUUCGUACCUCUUGUCUAUGCUCGACCAUUGCUGAAGCCCAGAGUGGCCCUGGAAGGAGCAACAGCGCUGACUCAGCCGUCAAGCGUCCGGUUCAGUAACCAACUCAGCUUUUCUUGGUUCCGGACCCACGAGGAUUUCGAAAUCGACGCGGUCCUGAUCUCUUCUAGUUCGUUGAUCGGUUCGCACUUCCAGCUCCGACACGAUCCCUGGCAGACAGUGCUGUACUCGCCAAAACACAACCAGAUCCCCGGUUUCGACGGCUAUAGAGCGGGCUAUAACGUCUGGGUGGCAAUCCAACCGCCGCUGGCAAUGGAAUUUGACCAGCUACAGCCGCGAGGCUACUGCGUUGCGGAAAACAUGCGUCCACUGCGCUUCUGGCUACGCCGCGAUGUCGUCGACGAAAUACGACACUGGCCCGGCAGCUGGAAGGCGGCUCUCUGGCGCGCCGAUGACUGGAAUCGCCAGACCAAAGAUGUUUGGGCCAUGGAUACGCUGGAGAUUGAACACGACUCGUGGCUUGACCUCUGUUGA